GGGUGCAGCGCGGCACAAGUUGAGCCCCAUCUUGGGCGAGGGGCAGCAGCAGUCCGAGCCCGCGCUCCCGGGGCCGGCGUAGCGCAGCGGGGGCCGGACGCCGCCACACUAUCACUGACGCUGCUGCCGAAGGGCUGCCUCGCAUCCUCUUCCUCUUCGCCGCGCCUCCGCCCUCGAGGGUUUAGUGGGGGGUGUUGCCCGCGGGGUUUGCCCGCGGGCCGGUUCCGAGCAGGAUGCGCUUGGCGCUGGUCUCCAGGUAGAGCGCGGAGAUAGGGCGGAGGGUCGGGGAGGGGGGAGACGGGGCCUCCUAGGCCUCACCCGGCCGCCGCCGGGCCCUUCAGGCGGGGCGGGCCGCCGGCUCGCUUCUGCGGCUGCCGCGCCCGCCCGGGGCCCGCGUCGCGCCGAGGCCGGCAGGAAGCCGCGGGGCGCUCGGCCGGUCUCGCCGCGCUCGGAGCGGGGGUUGCGGCGAGGAGGAGGAGGAGGAGGGCUGCGGACGGGGAGGAAGAGGAGGAGCCCCGGCCGCCCCCCGCGCGGCCCGCGGCCCGCCAGCGGGAGCGCCGCGGCCCGGCCGCCCGCCGCAGGAAGCAGCCGGAGGAUGUGCGGUAGCGCCGGGGGCCCGACCGGCACGUUGUGACAGCUCGUUUCGGCACCGCGCUCGCCUCGCCCCGGCUGGCGGAGCCACUCCCCGCGGAGGAAACAUGUCCAAGAUGCCGGCCAAGAAGAAGAGCUGCUUCCAGAUCACCAGCGUGACCACGGCCCAGGUGGCCAGCAGCAUCACCGAGGACACCGAGAGCCUGGACGACCCGGAUGAGUCCCGUACCGAGGACGUGUCUUCUGAAAUCUUUGAUGUUUCCCGAGCUACGGACUACGGCCCCGAGGACGUCUGUGAGCGGAGCUCCUCCGAGGAGACUCUCAACAACGUGGGCGAGGCUGAAACUCCAGGCAGCGUCUCUCCCAACCUCCUGUUGGAUGGGCAGCUGGCUGCGGCUGCUGGUGGGGUAGCUGCAGCUCUGCCAGCCGUGGCCCCCAACGGAGGGGCUGUCCCCAAGAGUUCUGCUGUGCCCCUGCCACCUGCUGCCCCUGGCACCGCUGCAGCGGGAGGCAGCAGUGCUCAAACCGCCUUGCCCUCCACAGGGCCUUCUGCAUCUGCUGCUCCUGGGACGAUGUCUCAGACAGUGGCUGCUACGUGCAGCUCGCGCUUCAGGGUGAUCAAGCUGGACCAUGGUACAGGGGAGCCCUACAGGCGAGGCCGAUGGACGUGUAUGGAAUAUUAUGACCGGGACUCAGAUGGUGGCACUGUCCUGAGCAGGACUGGAGAUUGCAUUAGGCACAGCAGCACCUUUGAGCAGGCCACUCAAGACAGGGACAGUGGCCUUGGCGCCACAGGAGGUUCCGUUGUGAUCUCGGCUGUGCCGGUGUCAGCCCACGGCCCCGAUUCUAUAGCUGACAGUUCCCUGGCUGCUGUGUCACAGCUGCUCCAGACAGAGAAAAUGAACCAGUCUUCUCUACAGCAACCUAGUUUUGUCAUUGGGCAACAACAGCAGCAGCAGCAGCCCAUAGGUGGGGCCAUGCCUCAAAGUACUGCUCAGCCCAUGUUUCCUGGGGCUUCGGUAGCAAGUCAGCAAAUGAUGGUGCCCCAGCAAUCGCAGCCACAGGUAAACGCACAGGGUGUUGCGCAGGCUGGACCCAACGGGAAAGGCAUGGCACCUGCGAAUGUGACAGUAGGGCAGCCGAGCGUUCCUGUGGCACAGCAGCAGGUGCAGCAGGCAAGCGUACCGGUGACUCAGCCGCAACAAUUUGCUUAUUCUCAGUCCCAGAUUCCGCCAGUGCAUCUCCUGCCGACGCAACCUUCUGGCCAGACCGAAUACAUGCAGCACAUGACAAUUAUGCAGUCUCAAGGAGCUAUUCAGCAGGCUACUACAGGCUCUGUUCCAAGUACUGUGUCUUCUAGCCUUCCCGUGGGGCAGGCGUCCGGCCAGAACCCCUCUCCGGUGGGAGCGCCGGUGAUGGGGGUGCCGGCACAGCCUGGCGAAGCGGCCGGGCAGGGAUCGGGAUUGAUGCAGAGCGGCCAGGCGCAAGCUGGUCAGGCUGCCGUUCCACAAGCAGGAGGUGUGGUGCAGCAAGGCAUGGGGCAUACAGGGGUUGUGCAACAGAAAUCUGUGAGUCAGCAUCAAAUGGGUGGAAGCAGUCAAGUGUCCGGAAUGCCUGGUGCUCCCCACGCCGUGGUCUCCGGAGUCCAGAACGUGCCUGCGGUUGUGCCCGGUGCAAGUGUGCCUAACGUGGCUGCCACCACUGCUGUUACUAUGCCAAAUGUCCCUGUUACGCUGGUCCAGUCCCAGAUGAGCAGCCACUCUUCUGCCAGCAGAAGUGCUGGCGUCGUCCAGCCGCAGCACGUCGGACAUUCGCUCAUGCAAGGCACACCUGCCAGCCUGCCACAGGCCGGCCUGGGACAGUUUCAGACUCAAGCUCAGUCCUUAGUAGGCCAGAUUGAUGAUACGAGAAGAAAAUCGGAACCCCUACCUCAGCCACCACUUUCUCUUAUAGCUGAAACUAAACCUCUUGUGAAGCCUCCCAUUCCAGACACUCUAGCAAAUCCUCUUCAGCUACCUGCAAGUACUCCUAUGAACAGUCUUGCCAGCUCUGUGUUUGGCAUAUCUAUUCCUGUUGAUGGUGAUGAAGACAGGAACCCGUCCACCGCGUUCUACCAAGCGUUCCAUUUGAGCAAGUUGCGUGAGUCAAAGACCUUCCUGGAUAGUGCAUCUGGUGCAAGUGUUGUUGCCAUUGACAACAAAAUAGAACAGGCAAUGGAUCUAGUGAAAAGCCAUUUGAUGUAUGCAGUAAGAGAAGAAGUGGAAGUCCUGAAGGAACAAAUAAAAGAAUUAGUCGAAAGAAACUCUUUACUUGAACGAGAAAACGCACUGUUAAAAUCCCUGUCCAACAACGAUCAGCUCUCCCAACUCUCAAGCCAACAGGCCAACCCCAGUAGCACUUCGCAGGCGCCAGCAGCGAUAGCACAGCCUCCGCAGCCAACGCAACCUCCACAGCAGCCGAAUGUCUCCUCAGCGUGAACGCUCCCCGCCCUCCUUGGAAACCACCCCCAGAGCAGCCUGUCCUGUUGUGCCACUGAUGUUCUCUCUCCACUUGAUAUGAAAGCGAGUAGCCAUUGCUUUGUUGUGUGUUUGGCCUUUUCAGUAUUAGACAAUCACUCUGCAAGAGCUGUCCCUCACCGCUCCACCGCCAAGCCUGGCCGGCGCCGCCUGGGGAUGUCUUGGGAGGAGCCGCUAGCGCUUGGGGU